AUGUCGUUUGACGCGCAAAAUCGGCACCGUGUGGUGGAGCUUCUCAGGAGUCUCUAUGCCAGUCCCAACGUGGAAGGAGAGCGUGAGACAAUAUUGGCAUUGGCUAAUUUGGUGCAGCAAGGCAAUGCGCAGCUUGUUUUGGACGAAAUCAAGGAGUAUCUCAAGCGCGGACUUCCGGUAGAACAAGAACGGUCCAUGAUUAUCUUGGACCAAUUGUUGCUUAAUUGCAUGCCUCAAUUUGCCGGUAUGGUCUCAUCUGAAAAAUGGACCGAACGUCUCUUGAAGGUUGCGAAGUCUGCGACGGUGGAAAGUGUCACAUAUAAGAUUAUUGAAACUGUUAUUUUGUGGCAAAAGAGGUACCGCACCGAUGGAUUCAAACGUUGUGUGCUUCGCUUUUCCCAAAGCAAAGUUUUGGGAGAAACCUUCAACCGAGUUUUGCACCGAAUUAAUGCGGAGCAACGCUCCUUGACACGCAGCAGAAAUCAGAGUCGGGAUAGUGCUGGACAAGAGGAAGUUGGGCAAACGGACAAACAUCAUGCUCUUAAUCGAGCAGAAACUAUCCUGCUUGAGGCCCAGGGUGAUCUUGCAUCUCUGGAGUACGCCCUUGAACACCCUCAUAUUCUUCAUGAUGAGGAUAUCGCUAAGGAGUGCAAACAACACAAGUUACGUUGCAUGCGCUUACUCGAC